AUGGUCGCUAGACAGACUCUGCGAAUGCGAAGGGAAAAAGCCGGGGCCUUCUCCAAUAACUCGAGCUGUGCCGACAUUGCCUCCAAGUGCUGGCUGGUGCCACCCGAGUCGCUGGCGCUGAAUAAGCACAGCACCACCAAACACAUCUCCAACGCCCUCGCAACACGCUCGACAGGGUCAACCCAACCUUUGCUUCCCCGCGUCUUCUGCCUUGUGAUUUCCUCGCCGACCUCAUUUCCCACUCGACAUGGGACGCCAACUGCCGCCAUAGGGCUGGCUAUGACGCUUCGUUCCCUGAAGCCACGAGCCUCGAACCACUGCCGACGCUCAACCCUGAGGCUCAAUGCUAUGAUCGCUGGGGGAGCGCGUCACGGGAUACGAGUUCUAAGAAAAAACCAAACGGUGCCCAUCCAUGCCGAAGCUGACGCUAGACGACUAACUAUGUACUGCUGCAUGAGGCCAUGGCGGAAUGAGCGGAACAGGUGCGCAAAAGCUGCUUCAGACCACAAAAUAUGUGUAUUGCUAUGAACAAGCUAGAACAAGUCCAGCCACAUGACACGCUUCGACAUGAUGUUUGCCUAGGACAAAAUCAACCCAGCCUAAGAAUAGGCCUAACC